UCGUGUCCAUUCUUUUGACCCAUGGUCUAUGUAUUGCUGUUCACAGCAUUCGUGGGGCUGGGAGGAGCCCUGCAGUGCCGGACGUGUACUGCCACCCUCACUAACGACUCGGACUGCAAGAACAACGCCUCGGCGGUCGCGUCUGAGACCUGUUCUCAAAACGAAACAUACUGCUACGUGUUGGUGGCGACGGUCUUCACGGCUCGGUCCCAUGUGGAGCGAGGCUGCGCCUCCACGUGCUCGGUCACCGACAACUGCAAGAACAUCAUCGGCACGGGUGACUGCUACCGCUGCUGCGAGACGGACAACUGCAACACCGAGACGCCUGACUACGGAGGCGCCAGUGCCGUCCACGUGUCUCUCGCCGUGCUGAUAGCAGCUGCCAUCGGCACCAUAGCGUCUGUGCUGUGAUAGGGAAACAAACAGUGAACAACGCCACGAUACCUAACGUUACCAUAGCAUCAUUGACACAGAAUAUUCAAUAUUAUGACACCAAGCCAACAUAUGCGCAAUGCAGCUUCAAAUCAUUCUAACUUAGUAAACUUUUUAUCAAAUUCAUUGCAAAAGUCUCAAAGCUCGAUGCAAAUAUGAGAUACUGUGUUGAAAAUAAAUGAACGUAAAGAGUCCGUCGUAACUUUCAGAAGAAUUUGUUUGGUUGCAGAAUUCUCACCCAAUCUGCAUCUCAAGCCAACACCUUCCGUUCUUUGUUCGGGACUAUACAUGUAUAUUUCCGACUGUUGUGCCUGGGACUGUUGGGUAUCAGUAGCGUUGUUCUCAGGUGUUUGUAAUAGUCGUACCUAAAUGAUUUGUUUAUGAUGUCCUUCUUGUUUGAUCAAGCAGAACUGAAGUUACACAAAUCCAUAAUAACACGAUGUACUUAGAGUUGCAUUUUAUAUUAAUCUAGCAUCUAUAUAGUCUUCCAUUGGGUUUUUGGAGAGUCUCCUUUGUUAGAAGUGAUGGUAUUUUGACUUGACGUGGGGAGCUACGACUCUUCAGGAGAGAUCAAAUGACUAGCUCGCCCCUCUAACACAGAGAGACUUCAGGAAGUGUGAAGACUAACUAUACACACUCAUCAUGUUUUAAUUAUAAUUCACAGGGAAACUUUAAAUCACAUUACCCCUAAACUAUAUAUGCAAAAAUGACUGUUACUGGCGACAUAAAAAAACGUUUUAUUGACUUUAAUAUUAGUGUUCUUAUCAACAAAUUCUCCAUAUCGAUGAUUAAGCGGAAAUGCCACAAUGAUGAUUGUAAUCGACUAGAAAAUGAUGGAAUGGAAAGAUCAGUCAACAGAGGAAGAAAAACACGACAAUUUGAAAUGGAUGGGGAGAUAGACGCCAAUGUUUGAGAAGAAAAACAGUUCACAUGAUUGAUGUAAUUUUAUGUAAUACUUGUGUUUAUCAACGAAAUACAUCUGAGGACAAAUUAUCUGGAAAUCCCUAAUACACUUGAAUAAAGUACGUUUGCACAUAUAUUACCCUUCA